AUGACAGCUGAAAAGACUAUUCCUGUAAUUAAUGGAAAACCUGAAGAUGCCUUAGAUCCUGAAGCUUCAAGUACCCAACUGGUACACAGCAAUGACAAGAAAGUGAAUGAACGAGGACAUUGGAACAAUAAGGUGGAAUUUGUGCUGUCAGUAGCUGGGGAGAUUAUUGGACUUGGAAAUGUAUGGAGGUUUCCGUAUCUGUGUUACAAGAAUGGAGGAGGUGCAUUCCUCAUACCCUACGUGAUAUUCUUUAUCUUUUGUGGAAUACCUUUAUUUUUUCUGGAGACAGCAUUAGGCCAAUUUACCAGUGAAGGAGGAAUAACUUGCUGGAGGAAAGUGUGCCCUUUAUUUGAAGGUAUUGGAUAUGCUACCCAGGUCAUUGAGGCCCAUUUAAAUAUCUAUUAUAUCAUCAUUCUAGCAUGGGCAAUUUUCUACCUUUUUAAUUGCUUUUCUGCUGAAUUACCCUGGGCUACAUGUGGACAUAAAUGGAAUACAGACAAGUGUGUGGAGUUUCAAAAGCUUAAUAUGUCCAAUGGCACACAGUUAUCCUACGUUAAUGCUACAUCUCCAGUGAUGGAAUUCUGGGAACGCAGAGUGUUAGCUAUAUCUGAUGGGAUCGAACAUAUCGGCAACCUCCGCUGGGAACUGGCUCUUUGUCUCCUCGGAGCAUGGACUGUUUGCUACUUUUGCAUUUGGAAGGGAACAAAAUCAACAGGAAAGGUGGUUUAUGUUACGGCAACGUUUCCAUAUUUAAUGCUAGUAGUUCUACUUAUUCGCGGUGUUACACUGCCUGGAGCUGCACAAGGAAUAAAGUUCUACCUGUAUCCUGAUCUAUCUCGUCUAUCUGAUCCACAGGUGUGGGUAGAUGCUGGCACCCAGAUCUUUUUCUCAUAUGCGAUUUGCUUAGGAUGUUUGACAGCGCUGGGAAGUUACAACAAUUACAACAACAAUUGCUACAGAGACUGCCUAAUGCUUUGCUGUUUAAAUAGUGGUACCAGUUUUGUUGCGGGUUUUGCCAUAUUUUCUGUUCUUGGAUUUAUGGCUUAUGAACAAGGAGUAGCAAUUGCUGAUGUUGCAGAAUCAGGACCUGGGUUAGCUUUUAUUGCAUAUCCGAAAGCAGUAACCAUGAUGCCUCUCGCUCCAUUGUGGGCUGCCUUGUUUUUUACAAUGCUAAUAUUCCUUGGACUUGAUAGCCAGUUUGUGUGCGUGGAGAGCUUGGUGACUGCCAUUGUCGAUAUGUAUCCAAAUAUUUUCAGAAGAGGUUACAGAAGAGAACUGUUGAUUCUAGCUUUAUCCAUCGUAUCAUUCUUCCUUGGACUUAUAAUGUUAACUGAGGGUGGAAUGUACGUGUUUCAACUUUUUGAUUCUUAUGCAGCUAGUGGAAUGUGUCUGCUUUUUGUUGCUAUCUUCGAAUGCAUCUGCAUAGGCUGGGUAUAUGGAAGUGAUCGAUUUUAUGACAAUAUUGAAGAUAUGAUUGGUCAUCGUCCUUUUGUACUAAUAAAAUGGUGUUGGAUGUUCUUUACUCCCGGGAUCUGUGCAAGCAUCUUCAUAUUUUUCUUGGUGAAAUACAAACCUCUCAAGUACAAUAAUGUAUAUACGUACCCCCCGUGGGGAUAUGGCAUAGGUUGGAUGAUGGCGCUAUCGUCUAUGGUCUGUAUCCCCUUGUUCAUUUUCAUCAAAAUGUGGAAAACUGGAGGGACAAUAUCAGAGAAAUUGAAAGCUCUAACAUUACCAAGUCCGGAUCUAAAGAUGAGAGGAAAACUUGCUGCGGGUACCAGUGCCAACCCUGUAAAUGACUGUGAAGCUAAACUUAAAGGUGACGGCAACAUAUCCGCCAUAACGGAAAAGGAGACACACUUCUAA